AUGCGAACAUUUUCUAUUUCAGACAUCUUGUGGCAUAAAAAUACGUUUAAUUCUCAGAAUAUACAUGAUGGGUUUCAUGCCAUACCUAACUUGCAAUAUAAUGAAGGUUCCUUGUCCGUAGUAAAAGAUCCGGCUGGUGGGCAUGGUGAUGUUAUCAGAAUUUACAUUAAGAAAGGUCACUACAAUGGCAUCCACGAUCACAGAGGAGCUCAAUUCUAUACCAAAGUAGGAUCCCCAAGAGACUCUAUGACUCUCACCUACGACGUAUAUUUCCAGAAAGGGUUGGACUUUGUAAAAGGCGGAAAGCUUCCUGGACUGUACGGAGGUGAUCCUGGUUGUUCCGGCGGACGUCAUUCUCAUGAUUGUUUGUCCACAAGGUUUAUGUGGAGGCCACAUGGUGACGGGGAAAUGUAUGCUUAUAUGCCAGCGGAUCAGGCAAAUGGCUUUUGUGACAAGAAGGGUAACGAUUGCAACGAUGCUUAUGGUAUUUCUAUUGGAAGAGGUUCCUGGAGAUUUAGAACGGGACAAUGGGAUACAAUUUCUCAACAUAUUCAUCUUAAUUCCCCUGGUCAUAAAGAUGGAUACGCUAUCGUAUGGCAUAACGGCAAGAAAGUGCUGGAUGUUCGAAAUGUCAAUUUUAGAGAGCAUAGUAAUCUGAAACUUGAAGGUCUUUAUUUUUCCGUUUUCUUCGGUGGCGGGUCGUCAGCAUGGGCUCCGACCGCAGAUUCCCAUAUCUAUUUCCGCAAUUUUAUUAUUUCAAAGGAAAGUCAUUUACCCCAUUUAGUUGGCUGA